UCCACGGCCAUGUAGAGAUGCAUCCUCUGCUGGUCCGUAUCAUCGACACCCCUCAGUUCCAGAGGCUCCGACACAUCAAGCAGCUGGGAGGAACAUAUUUUGUCUUCCCUGGAGCCUCCCACAACCGCUUCGAACACUCCAUAGGGGUGGGCUACCUGGCAGGUUSGCUGGUCCAGGAGUUGAAUGAGAGACAACCAGAGCUCGCCAUCUCCCGUAGAGACAUAUUGUGUGUCCAGAUCGCUGGUCUCUGUCACGACCUGGGUCAUGGUCCUUUCUCCCAUAUGUUUGAUGGGAUGUUCAUCCCUAAAGUGCGUCCAGAAUUGAGGUGGAAGCACGAGGAGGCGUCCCGAAAGUUUGACCACCUGGUGUUUAAGAAGUCUUGGAGCCGGUGAUGAGAAGUAUGGCCUGGUCCUUCCUGAAGACCUGGCUUCAUCAAGGAGCAGAUUGCUGGCCACAGAACACUGUCCCUCUCGCCAGGGAGUAAUCAGCCAGCCAGU